UAUUGUUACAGUAGCAGAGUCGCUUCCACUCAGUCGCUUCCCAGGCAAGGUGAGAGAGAUGUCUGAUGAACUAACAUAGAAAACAGUGAGCGAAGGAUUAAAAAACCAAUUUCCUUUUGAUUUUCAGAGAAAGCAAAGAAGAAGAAGAAGAAAAGAUUGAAUCAAAAGGAAGCAAGAAAGGCAAUCGGGUGUGUGGCUUUUGGGGCUGAGCUGUAGCAGUUGAAGGUCAAACAAACCCCACUUCCCCAAAAGCGGCUUCGGAGUUCCAAUCUACAGCUUUCUUCACCCAAGAUUUCUAUUAUUAAAACUGUGCUGUUCGUCAAUUUUUGAAGGUUCCCCUUCUUCCCUUUUCCCCUUUUCCGGUUCUGUAAUGGGUUUGUUUAACUUUGAGCGAUUUGGUUAUGGUCAAAUGGAUUGGGAUUUGACAUAAAGGGAAGAUUGAGGGAUUUUGGAUCUAGAGAUUGGAGUUUAUUCAUGAGCUGUGGUGGGAGGAUAUGCGAAACGCACUCGAUUUCAUGUUCUUGUUCUUGCUCUUGUUGUUCUUGUCCUGUUUUGAGCCCACAUUUCAGCAGCUGAGCUCUAGAACAGAGCGGGUAGCCCUUCUGGAACUUCGAUCGUCCUUGGGUUUGCGAGGCAGGGACUGGCCCAUCAAAGCGGACCCUUGCUCUGUUUGGAACGGCGUUGAAUGUCGGAAUGGUCGAGUUAUUGGGAUCAACGUUUCUGGGUUUCGAAGAACUCGGCUUGGUAGACAAAACCCACAAUUUGUUGUUGAUGCUUUAGCUAAUUUAACGCUUCUCCAGUCUUUUAAUGCUUCUAGGUUCUUGCUUCCGGGAGCCAUUCCAGACUGGCUUGGUUCGUCGCUCAAGUCUCUGCAAGUUCUUGAUCUUCGUUCUUGUUCUAUCCUUGGUCCUAUUCCAUUGAGUUUUGGAAAUUUAACGAAUCUAACCACUCUGUAUCUCUCCAAUAACAAGCUAAAUGGGUCGAUUCCUGCAAGUUUUGGCCAACUUAUUCGACUUUCUGUGCUUGAUCUUGCCCGUAAUGAGCUCACUGGUUCCAUCCCUUUAUCAGUAUCAUCCCUUGGAAACCUCAAAUUUCUUGACCUUUCUUCAAAUCGUUUAGAUGGGUCAGUUCCUCCCCUCUUUGGGUCGCUUAGGCAGCUGCAACAAUUGAAUCUUUCGAGCAAUAAUCUCAGUUCUUCAUUGCCUGCUUCACUCGGCGACCUGGGUGUCCUGGUGGAUCUUGAUAUCAGUUUCAACAAAUUCUCCGGGCCGCUACCGCCAGAUCUAAAGGGCAUGAGCCGCCUGCAGAGAAUGCUACUAAGAAGCAAUUUACUCGGUGGAUCACUGCCAGAUGCUCUGUUUUCGUCGCUCACCCAAUUGCAGGCAUUGGCUAUCAAUGACAAUCGUUUUACUGGUGCAGCCCCUGAUGUGUUGUUCUUGACGCCUGGGCUGCGGUUUCUUGAUAUCUCUGGGAAUAACUUCACUGGUAUGCUUCCUAAUUCAAGCUUGAAUUCGAAUUCGACUGAUGGAACAUUGAAUAUUUCUCGAAACAUGUUUUACGGUAGCCUCGUGCCUGUUCUAGGAAGGUUUAGAGUCAUUGAUCUAUCUGGAAAUUAUUUUGAAGGCAGAGUUCCAAACUUUGUGUCAAUGAAUGCAUCUCUUGAGACUAAUUGUCUUCAAAAUGUUUCCAGUCAGAGGACAUUGGAAGACUGCUCCUCAUUUUAUACUGCAAAAGGUCUUGAUUUUGAUAAUUUUGGCAAACCAAGCUCUGCACAACCUCCUCUACCCGAAAAGUCUGGCAAGAAUAAGAUCAAUAAAAGGGUAAUCAUAUUGGCCAGCGUAUUUGGAGGGAUCGGGUUUAUUGUCUUUAUGGUGUUGCUAGCAAUGCUGCUGUUUCUAUAUAUUGGCGGGAAGAGAGCGUCGGGGAAUCAAAGGGGUGUUAGUGUAGGACCGAUACCUACUCGAAGCAGUGAACUCCCUCCUGACCAAUCGAUUAACUUUUCGAGUUUAGGCGACGUUUUUACAGAUAAACAGCUUCUUCAGGCUACUGGUGGCUUUAGUGAUGAGAACUUAAUCAAACUUGGUCACUCCGGGGAUCUAUUCCGUGGUGUCUUGGACAAUGGGGCCAAUGUCGUUAUCAAGAAGAUCGACUUGCGAACGGUUAAAAAGGAAACGUACCGAGUGGAAUUGGAUUUUUUUAGUAAGGCGUCGCAUACGAGAUUGGUUCCCCUUUUAGGACAUUGCCUAGAUAAUGAGCAUGAGAAGUUCUUGGUUUAUAAAUAUAUGCCAAAUGGAGACUUGGCGAGUUCCUUGGUUAGGAAAAGUAAUGUUGAUGAUGAAAAUGUGCAGUCUUUGGAUUGGAUAACAAGACUUAAAAUUGCAUCAGGAGCUGCUGAGGGUCUUGCUUAUAUGCAUCAUGAAUGUUCUCCGCCACUCGUGCACAGAGAUGUUCAAGCUAGCAGUAUACUUCUCGAUGAUAAAUUUGAAGUCCGACUCGGGAGCUUGAGUGAAGUUUGUGCCGAAGACGGGGACUCGAACAGCCACCAGAAUCGAAUUUCCAGGUUGCUUCGGUUGCCACAGUCGUCCGAGCAGGGUUCUUCUGGGUCUCAGACAUCAGUAUGUUCCUAUGAUGUUUACUGCUUUGGGAAGGUGUUAUUAGAGCUAGUGACAGGCAAGGAUGGCAUCAGUGGCACCCCAGACACCCAAUUGAAGGAAUUUUAUGAUCAAACAUUCCCAUACAUCAACAUCCACGACAAAGAAUUAGUGACCAAAAUCAUCGAUCCGAACCUGAUCAUCGACGAGGAUUUCUUGGAGGAAGCAUGGGCUAUGGCCGUUGUUGCAAAGUCAUGUCUAAACCCGAAGCCUUCGAGACGACCUCAGAUGAGAUACAUCCUAAAGGCCUUGGAAAACCCUUUAAAGGUAGUGAGACAAGAAAGUUCAGGUAGGCUGCAAGCGACAUCUUCACGAAGCUGGAAUGCAGCUUUGUUCGGGAGCUGGCGACAGAGCCUAUCGGAUAUAACCGUCGUACCAGCUGCGACAAUGUCAAGGGCAGUGGGAGGUAGCUUCAAACAGUCAGGAAGUUCAGGUUCACAGGGAAGUGGCCAGAACAACGGCGGUGAAGUGUCACGGAGAAUGCAGUCGAAGGAGAUAUUCCCCGAGCCACCGGAUGAGCAAGGCGAGAGAGUAGAGUAUCGUUAGCAUUAAAGAAAAUUCAUUGAUAUCAAUUCUUUGUCAAUAACAAACAUAGCAGGCAUCCCAAUUGAGAGAGCCUGAUAACUACCCGACCCAACCUGACCCAACCCGAACCUAUUGGUUCUGUAGCCGGAGAGGGUGGCUGACACCCUCAGGUCUCUGCCCUGGAAAAUUGUCAUUCUUUGAGAAAUGUAUGGGGUUUUUUUAUUAAUAUUAUUAUUGGUGAAUUCUAUGUUUUGGGGAA